AUGUCAUCAACCAGUACGACUACUACUACUGCAACUAGUACUACUACUACAACUAGUACAACUAGUAAUAAUAGACCUUCUUCAUCUAUACCUUUAUCUUCAUCACCACCUUCAUCACAAUCACAAUCAUCAAAUGUACCAUUAUUUUUAUCUGUACCAUCAUUUAAUAAUACAACAACCUUUUCUUCAUCUCCUUCUUCCUCUUCAUCAAUAAGGUAUAUUCAACCUACUACUACUACUACAACAACAACACCUACUACAAUAGAUUUAUCAUACAAGAUUGAUGAUUGUUUAGUACAAUUAGAGAUGGUUGCAAAGUUGGCAUUUGAAUUAAAACAACCAAACAAAAAUCAAGUAUUGACAGAGAGUGAAUUCUCAGAGUUGAACAAUACCAUCACCUUUAUCAAAUCAUCAUUGAAACUUUAUAUUGGUAAACAAUUAUUAUCUACAAAUAACAACAACAACAACAACAACAAUAAUAAUGGAAUAGUGCGAAAAAGUGGAGUUGAUUCAGUAGAGAUGGUAUCAAUCCAUGGAGAUACUAGUUUCAAUAUGAAUGUAUUUAGAAUCUAUUCAUUACUAUUGACACUAUACACUCUACUAAAUGAAAUGAAACAAAUGCCUACCAAUCUAUUAAAAUUGAUUGUUACCAAAGUACUCAAAAACGAUUCACUAUUGAAACAAUCAGUUGAUCAAUUAUUGGCUCUAUUUCCAAUGAUUGAAACUACCAAAACUAAUACAACUAAUACAACCAAUACAUCAACUAAUACUACAACAACAACAAUGAUAAAUAAUUUAUUCAAUGCAACUACAUUAUUACCAAGUGAUGCAAAAGAAAUGUGGAUUAAAAGGUUUGGUGAAAAUACGGUACUUGUAGCAUGGCCAAUCUUUUUUGCUACCAUUCAGACACAUUUCAACAUUGUCGUAUCAGACUAUGAAGAAAACUUUCGUCAUAUUAUCGAUUUUACUCAAGAUGGUUUCGUCAGUCCCUACAAAGUACUCACUUUUUUAAAAUGGUUUGGUCCAUUUCAAUCAUCUCUUAGGAAUCUAAUUGAUAGUAUAAAUUCAAAGAUAAUGAGUGGAUUUGUAUCGGGAGUAGAAGCAACAAGAUUUUUAGAAAAGAAAUCAUUUGGAAAUUAUAUUAUACGGUUUAGUAAGACUUAUCCAGGAGCAUUUGCAGUUACCUUUGUAGAGUCUUCGAAUCAGAUUAAACAUUGUUUGUUGUAUCCAGUGUCGAAUGGAUUGUCUCUAUUGCAACCACCUGAAAUAUUUAAAAACCUGACUGAAUUUGUUUUAAACUUUUCCUCUCGUCUAAAGUUUGCCAUUGGACCCGUUGAAUCUUCUCUAUUCCCUCCAUCCGAUCAACUAGUAAACAUUGAAGCAAAUGUAAAAAUAGUCAAAGAUGAAUUAUCGAAUAAUCAAUUACCAAAAUCUCCUCCAAUCAUUAUCACAAUUCCAUCAAACAUCAAUAAUGAAACAAAUAAUAAUAAUAAUAAUAAUAAUAAUAUAAAUAAUAGUAACUCACCAAAUGCAAUGUUUAUAAGUGAAUCUGUAUUAAGUAAAUCACCAUCAUCAUCAUCAUCAUCAAGUAGUAAUAAUAAUAAUAAUAAUAAUAAUAAUAAUAAUAAUAAUAAUAAUAAUGGAAUAUCACCAACAACAACAAGAAAGAAAAAGAAAAAAGAAAAAUCAUCAUCUUCACCUGAUACCAAUAAUAAUAAUAAUAAUAAUUCUACUUCUUCUACUUCUUCAUUUUCAGGAUCAAAUACACCAACUGGAUUAACAGAAAAGGAUAUAUGUGUAGUGUGUAUGGACAAUGUGAUCAAUACAGUGUUUUUGGAGUGUGGACAUCUAAGUUGUUGUCUAUCAUGUUCAGGGAAAUUGAAAACUUGUCCAAUCUGUCGUAGCCCCAUUUCAAGAAUCAUUACAAUCUUUAGAUCAAACUAA